CUCCAGACAGGCAUGAUGGAGAAGCUGACAGAGUCCAUCGCACCAGCUUUCCUGAGUAGGAACAUCUCUAGCUUCACCACCUUCAUGGUCAACUACUCGGCCUUAGACACAUCCCACCAGGUCCUGGACCAGCUGUUUACUAGUACCAUCUCCAGAGCUCCCUCCAGCUCCAGCACCAGAGCAAGGGCCAGCUCCCUGGCUAGAUCCAGCUCCAGCUCUAGUUCCACCACCUGUGCUAGAGCUGGAGUUAGUGUCACCUCCAUCAGUCCCUCCAGGGCCAGAGCCACCACCAACAUCAGCUCCAGCCCCAGUGCCAGCUCCUGAGCUGGAGCCAGCUGGACCAUUGGCUCCAGGGAGAAUCCUCCCUCCACCUGGAGAGAUAACAGCAGAGCCAGAUCCAGUCCCAGAGCCCACC